AUGGCAGGCCUCAGUUCCUGGGAUGCCGUCACUUUUGGGGGUAGACACUUUAAGGAAAAGCGGAGGUGUCUGAGAGGUGUUCAGAAGUUGACCAACACUGAUGUUGUCAUCAUUGUGCGGAGGACACAAAUCCUAUUGGGUCAGGGCCCCAUCCUUAUGCCCUCAGUUAACCUUAAUUACUUCCGUAGAGGCCCUACUUCAAAUAUAGCCACACUGGGGGGCCCACACCCCGAGGACCCUGUGACUGGCAGCCCCAAGCUGACACUGGCUGAGCCCACAGCCAGCCUAAACAAGGAGUUAACACAGAUUUUUUGGUUAAUACAAGAAGAAUAUUGUACAAGGAACAAGUUCAAACUUCGUUGUAGUCUUUCUGCAACUACCUUUGCUGAGAAGACGUGUUCUCCUCCCUCUCUGCCACGUGCCUGCUCACAGGACAGUUACUGGUUGGCUUGCUCCUUUUUGGUAGGACCUUCCAGCCUCACCCCAGAUCCACUGGUCCUCAGCCUGAUCAUGGACAUUGGAUGGCAUCCCCGUCUGCCUCCUGCCAAUGGAGUGGAGACACUCCUCUUGGACCCUGCUUCCUGCGCUGGCUGGAGAAGGAGGACCAAUAGCCCUGGCACCAAGGGCACCUUUUCUGAGACUGGCUUUCCUGACACAAGGGGCACUGCUCUGCUUUUGUGUCUGCACCCUUUGGAGAUGGCCUCUGACCAUCCCUGUCCCUGGGCUUCUGGGGUGGUGCCUGGCCAGGCUUAGCACAGUGUCCCGUGUAAAGCCCAGACCCAUAGCAGUCCCCUUCCUGGCAAGAGUGAGGUCUGCUCUUUUGCCCUUGACUGAACCUCCCUAAACAUAUCCUAGAGUCCCUCUCAGGGAGCACCUGGGGCUCUGUCUUCACUUAUUCAUGUAUUUUUAGGCGCUGCAGCACGCACCCCACAACACGGUCAGCACAACCUCGUCUGUUGGCCCUGUGGGACUCAUGGCCUGGACCCAUUGUCUGCUCACUUUCUCGGAAUGUGGCCUCAGGCCCUGGCUUCCUGGGCCCUUUUCUAAAGAGGACCCUUCCUUCAUCCCUCUAAGAUCUUCCCCUCACCCUCCAUGGCUUUGGGCUGUCUUAUCAGCUGGGGCCCCCAUAACAAAGAACCACAGACCAAGGGUUAAGCAACAGGCAUUCAUUUUCUCACGGCUCUGGAGGCUGGAAGUGCAUGACCAAGGUGCUAGCAAAUGUGGUUUCUGGUGGUGUUCUCUUCCGGGUGUGUAGACAGCUGCCUUCUCUCUGUGUCCUCACAUAGCCUUUCUGCUGUGUGUGUGUGUGUAUGUGUGUGUGUGUGUGUGUGGAGCAGGGUGGACUUGUAGGUUCCUUCCUCUUCCUCUAGGGACACCAGUUCCAAGGACCCCACCUUUAGGACCUCAUUUGACCUUAAUUACUUCCCUAAUGACUCCAUCUCUAAGACACCUUCACACUGGGGUUUAGAGCUUUAACACGUGAAUCUUGGGAGGACACAAUUCAGUCCAUAGCAGGGAUGGGGUGCUCAGGGACUGUGGAGGGGGCAUCCCAGGGUGGUGUGCUGGGCGGGGACUCAGCUCUGCCACUUCUUGGCUGUGUGACCUCAGCCAAGCCCAUGGACCUGCCUGACCUGCUGAACGGCGUGCUCCAGCCUCCUGGGGCUGGGGUAGUGAGAGAUACAGACAGGCUUUACAGCGAGCAGCAAAGCGUCUUUCCCACGUGAAGAAUGGGAGCAUAGGCCACUUCAUUUGUGAAAAAGAACUUUGAUGACAACAUGGUGGAAAUGGGGUGAAAUCACCAGAAAAACAGAUUUGUUGCUGCAAUAACAUUUCUUUCAAGAACACUUUGUCCCUAGAGGUAGAGCCUGGUUGUUGACAUUCAAAUAUCUUCACAUUUCUGAACAUGGUUCUUUUUCUCCUGUGUGACUAGAAGCUUAAUAACAUUACUGUCUAAUGAAUACCAGAUGAGAGACCUAGAAUGCCAGGGCUGCAGGCCGGUCCUAGAUGCUCUUUGGUGUGUUCGUCUCACAUGGUACCUGACCUGACAUUUCUGCAAGCUAAACAGGAGAUAAAAAUCCCAGGCUUUAACCAUUUCUUUAAAAGCUCAUAGGCUUCAUGAAUAGGUGUCACUGCUGUUGCUAGUCCUUACAAUCAUUUACCAAGUCUUCUAGCAGAAACGGUAGGCCUCCAAGAAGCUAACCCACAUGGAGGGGCUAUGCCAUAUCUGUAGGCUGGUUUGUUUUACAUUUUCCUUUCUGGAAUAAUCUCAAAAGAUGCAAAAACCUCCCUUUCUUAUCGAGUCCUGUUAGAAGAAUGUCAGGUCUGCAAUGCAUAAUCUGUCAUGUUGUAAUAGUUUUAUGUAUAGUGUGUGAUAUAACAUCCUAUCAUCCAGAAUGGUGUGAGACCGUUGAACAGGUAGGACCUUCCAGCUCAUCUGGAAGACCCAGUCAAAAGAUUGCAAAGUGUGGCUAAGGUCAAGCAUAAAAUGAUCUGGCUAAUAGAAAUUACAGAAAUGAAUGGAAUUUCAAAACUAUGGUAGCUGCCUGAAAUUUUACAGAGGAUUCCAGGCUGGAUCCUGGGCUGGGCUCAAUUUUAAGGGAGCAGAUCCCAUGGAGGGGAGCCUCAGUUUCCUUGUCCGUCAGUAAGGUAGAUUGUAUCAGCUCAAUGGAGCUAUAAGAUUUUUGAGAUACGUAAUCUUUUCUUUGGGUGCAAUUAGACGCAGAUAAAAGUUGAAGAACCCUGAGGCACUGCACUAGCCAUGGUGUAAAAACAUUGAACCAGCUCAUAUGGAAGACCCAGUCAAGUCACCAGCAUCUGCAUUUGUGCUUGUUAAAGUUCGUGGCUCAGGAGGCCUACCUUCUGAUUAAGUGUUCUCAUGUAAAAUCACCCAAAUACUCCCUAUUAAUUUUAUUUUGAUAUAUGGAUGAAUAAUAAAAGAUUAUAUCUCC